UGCAAUGACGAAGGAAAAGUUGAAAAAUUCUCGGCUUUUCUUUUCGUUUUAGUUUACAUGACGUUGGAAGGCCUUAAACUUAGGAUCAAAUUGCUAUGAAUCUGAACAAAAAUGCCCCAAUGAAUAGUUUAUUUCCAAUUUGGAACAUUUUCAAAGCAUCGCUGUAUUGAUCAAUUGAUUUGAUAUAUUUGACGCCAUAAGAAACAAAACGAAAAUAUUGUGUGGCACUUUUUGAAUUUCGCUCCUCAUCCGGUUAAAUAGAAAAACAAUGUGCUGGGCUGAACCGAAGCUCCAUCUGAUGUCAACUCACAUGAAACGACACUCUGACUUUGACAGAACUAUCAAAACAAAAUCUACCGCACACAUUGUAAACAGAAUAUUCAGAGAAAUACUAUUUUAGUUGAAAUUGCGGUUUUAUUCUGAAUAAACUAAAAAAAAUACGCGAUGGAAGUAAAAGUGGAAGCGGAUCGUUGUCGUUUGUGUUAUACACAAGCUAUUGAAUACUUUGAUAUAUUCGAGAAUGCUGCAUCGAUGCCGACUAUAAUCGACACGCUAAAGCAGUAUUUUCACGACGAGGUGAGCGACUCGGACAUUUUGCCAAAAGUAAUUUGCAUUGAAUGUUGGGACAAAGUUGAAUCAUUUCGUAAGUUUUCCGAAGAGGUCAUCGCAUUGCGCGAAGAGUAUCUGCGACAACACAUCAACAAUGCGGUCAAAGACGAAAGUGAUGAAGAAUACGCGGUUCCAAAUGUUGAGCCAGAAUUCCAUCGGGAAAUGGUUUGUAUUGACCUAUUGAGGCCCACCAAAGUGAUGAUGGGAGAAGGAGAUGAGAAUAUGGAAUUAGAAGAAAGCAAACUUCAUUAUGGGUCAGGGAAUGAACAGGGAUUCUCAGAUGGUAAUGAAGUUUAUGAUGAACUGAUCGAUCGCAAUGAGCUGCCAGAGAGUGGCGAAGGCACUCGACUUCCACGACACAUCAGUGAAGUAAGCCCCGAACAACAACAGCAAAUUAUUGACCAAUACUGCGACAUGAGUUGUGAUUUCUGUGAAGCCACAUUCCGAACAUUACAAGAAGCCAUCCAACAUUAUAAAGUGAGACAUAACAAUCAGCCCAAAGGCUAUGUGAAAUGUUGUUCACUAAAAUUGUCAGAGAAUUCUCUCAUGAAUGCCCAUAUUGUAUAUCAUUUGAAUCCAGAAGUAUUCAAAUGCCAGAUUUGUGGAGAAGUCAAGAAAACGUAUCAAUCUUAUCAACAACACAAACUCAAACAUUUCAACCAAUUCACGUGCGACAUAUGCCAGAAGGUAUUCACUGUAUUCAGCUCCAUAGAACGUCAUAUUCUCAAUGUACAUGCAACUAAAGCAAAAUUCCCAUGCGAUCAAUGCGAUCAGAGUUUCAAGACUCGAAAGCAUUUGGAAAUUCACCUAGAAGUGGAUCAUUCGAACGGAUUAGAAGAUUAUUUGAACGAAAUAAAAUGUAUGGAGUUCAAUAUAAGUGAGGUACAGAUCAAAAAUACAAUCGAGAAAUAUUUCGAUCGGAAAUGUGAACAAUGUGAUGCUCAGCUCGAUAGUAUCACAAUGGCCAAAUCACACUAUUUAUCAGAACAUGGGAAUCCAAACGGAUAUCUCCGGUGUUGCGGAUCUAAAAUGUGUUAUAACAAAAAAGUUUUGGAUCACAUUCAAUGGCACAUCGAUCCAGACACUUUCAGAUGUCGAGUAUGCAAGCUAGAACACAGCCGUCGAUAUACCCUCAUUGAUCACGUGAAACGGCAUACUGCUUUAUCAACAAAGCAAUUUAUGUGCGAAAUUUGUGACAGAUACUUUGCGACCAAAAAACAACAUAGAACUCAUAUGAAACUCACACAUCCAGGGGAACAACUAAAUUCUUCACCGCUUGAAACGAGUUCUAAUGAAAACAAUGGCAAUGACGUAGAGAUACCGGGCUAUGUCGAUGCUUCGUGCGAUCUGUGUCCAGCAACAACGUUUACCUCGUUCAAAGAAAUGCAAUCACAUUAUUUAGAUAUUCACAAAUUGGUCGGAUCGGUAUCGUGUUGCCAGAAAAAGUUUUCCCGCAUAACUUUAUUCAGUGAUCACAUUGCAUUGCACAAUAGUCCGGAUGUUUUCAAAUGUGAUGUUUGCAACGAAUCGCUGCCAAACCGAUACGUUUUAAAACGACACAAUGAUUGGCAUUCAAAUAAGUAUUAUUGCGACACGUGUCAGAAGUCGUUUACAUGUAGUAACCACUUGAAAGACCAUUUGAAAACACAUAGAAAUCAUAAUAGCGAAAAUCAACGCAAUUUCAUUUGCGAUGUAUGCGACAAAAGAUUUCAUAGCCAAAAAGAGCUGAAUGGACAUCGUAAAAGGCACGAUCUAAAGCAUGAUCAGAUUUGUGAGUUCUGUGCAAAGAAAUUCAAAACAGAAGCGCAAUUAAAACUCCAUCAAGCGAAACAUUUGGAUGUAGCGUCGAAAACAAAGCCAAAAUUCCAGUGUGAUAUAUGUAAUGGAUGGUAUACGACGAAGCGUAUUUUGAAAGGACAUAAAAUGAUACACAAUCCAGAGCCACAGAAAUGCAGCCAUUGUGAUAAAAUUUCCCCCCAUCCAAUUGCACUGAAACAACAUAUUAAGAAUGUCCAUGCUGAAUUGGAUUUCAAAUGUCAUUUAUGUGAGAAAUCACUCAAGUCACAAUCAUCGCUGAAGGAUCACAUCGCAACGCAUACGAAUGAGAAGAGCUAUAAGUGCACCUAUUGUGAUGAGACGUUCAUUUGGCGGACAAACAUGUAUAAACAUAGAAAACAACGGCAUGAAGAGGAAUGGCUGGCCGAUAAGGACAAGAAAUGAGCGCAAAAAUUAAACCUUGGAUAAUGCGUCUUUUCUGAUGAUCAAAUACAAUAAUUUCAUACCAUUCAGAAGCGUCUUAUUAAACCGAUAAUUAUUCGUCAAAGAAUAUUAAAACAGAAAAUAUUUUCUGUUAAGUGAAGCAUUCAAAUAAAAACGAUGUAUCUGAUCAAAUGAAUGGGUGAUAAUGAUCGUGGCCCGCCAAUCUCUCAUAAAAUAAAACCGAAACAUAAAGUUGGUUUGAAAUAAUAGUGAAAUAAAGAACGCGUAUAAAAUAAAACUGCAACAUGCGCGGAGUCAGAAUAAAAGUGAAACAUAGCUACGUUGCUCUUUUAUUUUCACUCUGUGCAUGAUUCAUUUUUAUUUUAAGUAAUGAAAGUACUCCAGUUUUGAAAGUAUAACUCGCCAAUCUACCUAUGCAAGUCAGUGCGCAAAAAAUGUUGAAACAAUUCCGGAAAUAAUUAACAUGAUUUUUGCCUUUGCUGUAGCCAUGUUUAUCGAGACGUUGAAAUUGUGCACAAAAAAAGUAUUCGGCCAAACCGGUUUAUUUGAGAAUUUCUACAAUUUUUUUAAAUAAAAUAUCAACACAGACGAUGUGAAACGAUGAAUUAUUAAUGUUUUCAGUGAUUUUAAGCCAUUUCACGAGUUUUCAAACAUUAUUGUGUUAGCUGUAGGGUAAAAUUUGGCCGAAUGGUAGUGGCGCCGGCCAAGCGAAGAUCUAGUGCCAAUAGAAACGAUCUGUGUUGAUAUUUUAUAAAAAAAAAAUGUAGAAAUUCUCAAAUAAAUCGGUUUGGCCGAAUACUUUUUUUGUGCACAAUUUUUUGCGGUGUAAAUUAGAUUCCAAUUGACUACUUUAGAUCUAUCCCAGCUAAUUAGGAGACUACGCUUAGGAACAGAUAUUAUAUUAGCUGCAUGUAGUCACUGACUGUGUUUCGUACCAAAUACGUUCAAGUCUUUUGAAAAGUCACAAAGGACGCGCUUGCAAGUGAAACAUUCAUAACAGGAAAGUAAUUGGAAAGCUUUCGUUUUGAAUUCAAUUGUAUAAUUCAAAAUGUAUCGAGAGGUAAAAAUGGCCAUUGGAAUAAACACAAAUAAUAUUAUUGAAUAGAAAACAUUGGAAAAACAAAUGGUUUGAAUGACGUUUGUUUAUUUCGAGUUUCUUCUCCUUUUCUUGUAGCUUAUUAAGCAAUUUGUCAAUUGAAAUAGCGAAUAAAAUGAAUAAUUGUGACUUACUAGCAAUACGUGAUA